AUGCUACAGAAACCACUGGACCGAAGUCCAUCUAUCCCCGCGGUCCCGACGCAGAACAUUCGGUCGCUGAUCCAGCGGCCGAGACUGCACAACGGAGCCCAAAGGACGGCGAAUCUGAUCUUCCACGCGCUGAAAUCGUAUCCAAAAAUGAUGCUGCGCGACCGGAAUCUGCCUCCCUUCAUUCAUCCUCAUAUGGUUUUUUCUGAUGCUGAGGGCACCAGCAUGGAACCGUUGACCAACUGCCUUAGCCUGGUCCAUAUGACCAGCAGCCCUGCGGAAAGCACUCGCAAGCUCUUCUGGAAGAACGUUCACUGGGAAUGUGAACGACUGUAUACAGAGUAUAAUACACUUACUAGAUGGCAGCUACUUGCCGCGAUGCAGGCGCUCUCCAUCUAUCUCAUCAUCAGGCUGGACGAAGGCGAGACAGAGUACAACGAUUUUGAUUUGCUUUUGCUUUCGACGGUCACGGUGAUGGCAAAGCGACUCGGCGAGCGCACCGCAGAUCAGGGAUCCGGUCAUAUCCGUACACCCUGGAAGGACUGGGUGUUUCAAGAAUCAACACGACGGCUAUGCGUGAUCUACCAGGUCGUGAACAUGCUGGUCUACUUUGAUCCAGCAGCAAUAUGCGACCAUCAGACUGAUAUCCCUAUAUCGUCACUCCCGGCAAGGAAACAGCUCUGGGAAGCUGGCGAUGAGAUUGCAUGGAGGGUCGAGAAGGCGCGGGAGUCUGUAGGCAAUACUACAUUUGGUAUGGCUGUGGACGGUGAGCUUGUCCGAAUUAGCCAAAACGAUAUAUCUUGCUAUGGUGGAGUGAUAGUUCAGAAUACAUCCAGUAAUAGACAGAUCGCGAACUGGGAGGAUUGGUGUUCGGGAAUGGAUGAUAUGGGCGGGCUGGUUAUGCUUGCUGCUUCGUUAGUCGGAUAA